GUCCAGAAGGAUCGAUGAUGAUACACGAAUGAACAGUGAGCUUCAACCCAUCGCCCGAGUACAUGGCUGUCUCGGCAAAGAACAACUCCUCAGCAACAGGAGUUGGAGGGCUGCUUUCCACGGGGGAGGAAGAGGAGGAGGAGGAGGAGCCAUCAUCAUUAUUGACAACAACCAUCUUAGGAGUGGGAGGGCUGCUCUCCGGCAAGGCAGAGGCGGAAGUGACCUUCUUAGCCGUGAACAGGGAGUGACAGAAAAUUCCACAAGGGGCUAUAACAGGAUUGCUACGGGUGGGAUCCACAAGCACAUAUUCGACACCCUGGUGGGUCUCCUUGUAGUACUUCAGAGCUUCUUCUGCAUUCCAGGCAGUCUGCUCUCUCCAUUGCUGAGUAUAUACUUCAACAUCCAUCACCUGCUCAGGAGAAGGCGU